AUGUCUGAAGAAGCACCAAAAAGAACGUUCCCUAAGAAAGCGAGCUCUUUCGCUUCCAAGCCGAAUAAGUUCAAAAAGAAGUUCCGGGAAGCAUCAGUUGGUGGAACCGUUUUGAAAAAAAGGCCAAAACGUUACUUCAAAGCUGACUUAACUGAGGAUGGCGAUGCUGUGGUGCAAAAAAGGAGCCGGAGGGCAGCUGAUAUAACGAAGAUUAACAGGAAUGGAAAACAUCAUAAAGUUGCAUUCAAAGGUGGUAAGAAAAAAGGAAAAGGCGAACCUGUGAAAGGUACAAGUAUUGAUCACCAAAUGUUGGGUGGAUCAGAGGAUGAGAUGUAUGCGUCUGACAACGAUAUUGUGGAUGUUACGGAUAUGCUGGAGGAUGAAGACACCAUGAUCCCGAUGGUGAAUUCGAUGAAAAAACAAGGAAAAAGUGUUAGGUGCGACGAAAUUCGAAGAAAAGGGAUCGCAGAAAACCAGGUGGCAGCUCCCGGAAAGUCAUCUCAAACUGACGUCUCCAAAAUGGAGUCAAGUUACGAAGAAGAUAUUGAAAAACGAUCUGUUGACCGACGGAGUUUGCGUCGUCAAUCAAGCAGUGACAGCGACAAUGAAGAUGAUCCACGACCGACGAGAAAGCUAAAAGUUGCGAAUGGUGAUGGUUCUGAAAGCGAAUCCGAACAAGACAAACAACAAAUCAAGCGAAGAAAGAAACUACGAAAAAACGAAGAAACGACAAUGGAAACCGAAGCUUGGCAAGACGAAGAUGAUGGAGGGCAAGGACAGGACCAAGAUGACGCUGAGGCGUUCCGUUCUGAGAUGGCAGAUCUACCGUUAUUCAAAGUGCGAGAGAUGAAAGCUAAGUUAGGGAUAAAACUAUUCAACAAGGUAUAUUUUGGGAAGGCUGAAACAGAAAAAAAAUUGGAAGAGAAUAAAAAGAGGAGGAUCGAUGCAAAGAAAGAUGAACAUCGCGGUCAGCAUCGACCAAAGGAAAUCUCCUCAAAAAAGCCCGUGUCGACAUUCCGACCCGUAUACCAGAACAUCACUAAGAAGAAACGGGAUCCUCGUUUUGAUAGUAGAGCCGGAGAGUUUAAGGAAAGGUGUUUCGACGAUAAUUAUCAUUUCUUGGAGGAGCUAAAGAAAGAGGAGAGAGAAGAGUUGUCAAGGGAGGCUGCUGCGUGCGAUGAACGAGGGGAAACCGAGACAGCUGAGAGAAUUCGCGAGACAAUUCGUCGUAUGGAUAAUCGUGAGAAAACCAAAGCUGAACGAAGGAUGAAACAGGAGACCCUGAAAGAAUUGCGACAGGAAAACAUUGAUAGGAUGAUGCGCGGAGAAAAACCGGUCUUCAAAACUAAAGCUCAAGUUAAAAUAAUGAACCUUGAAAAGAAGUUCAAACAGUUGAAGAAGGACAAUAAACUCGAUAAAUACAUGAAAAGGAAAGCAAAGAAGGAAGCACAUAAGGAAUCAAACGCAAAACCUUCUUUCGAACGGAUGGUACCUUUUCUAGUGGCAUCAUUAAGAGCGUGCCCCGUUUCUUUCUUACACGAUAGUAUUCAUGUUUCUGAUCUCUUCGCGAUGUGUGUGAAAUAUUGUCUACUACGAAAGAAACCGGAGUCUCCAGCUGUAAGCCCUGUUCUGACUGAAAAUUCUUCAACUCCAUCGACGUUGAAAUUAGACAGGACUCAAGAAGAUUACGUACAAAACCUCAAUGAGGUCGUUCUCGCUCUCGGGCAGGAGCCAAAUGCAGCGAUAGCAGAGAAAAUUAAGAAGGAGGAGGAACUGAAAAUAUCUACAGAGGUUGUGAAGACAAGUGAUCCGAAGAAAAAUCCGAUGUUGGAUGACACAAUGUACGAGAUUAAAGAGUUAAGAAACAGUGUAAGAUCGAAAAAAAAGCAACACUACAAGUACGGUGGUUCGACGGAAAAUAAAAAAGGGUCUCAAAAAGGAAAUGUUAUCGUUGCCGGAAAAUUUUCUACUGAGAGUGUUGAGGUUCAAGAUGAGGAUUUCGCUGCUCCGAACGCUGAAAACUUUAUGGGAAAUUUUGCGGAUAUUGAUUAUGUUACACAUGAAAUGAUACGUACAUUGAAAAAUGCUGAUGAAUUACCACUUCCAGAAGCCAUUGCGAGUCAAAAGCCAAAUUUCUACAUGGGAUGUAACUUGAAAACGUUGGAAAACCAGGGUUAUUUCGGUUGGCAAUCUCUUCAAGCGAAUACAUUUCUGUCGAACGUUCUGAGUCUGCCAACAGACCAGGAGAAGGAAGGCGUCAAUGCUACGGCUGAACGAUGUGGUAAAGUAACAUUGCUGCCCACCAAAACAAUGGAAGCAUUCAAAGAAAUGGAAAAUUCUCGAAAAAAGAAGCGUUUGCAGUCGGAUAGGCGCAAUCUUUCGUUUGAGAAAAAACAAGGAAGUCUCGAGACUGCCACAGCACGUUCUGAUUGA